ACUAUACUACCAGUAAAAGGAGUGCCUUUUUCUCCACCUUCGUUGUUUGAUAGGUGAAAAAUGUUGGUCCCUUUAAAAGUGAUAAUCUUGACUAGUAGUGUGGUUAAGCAUCUUUUCAAAUGUUAAUGACCAAUUAGGUUUCCCCCUCUCGGGAAGAGCUCCUCAUUGCCUUUGCAUUUUGUCAGUUGGCAGGAAUUCAUUUCAUCUUGGGAAUGUCUAAUCCUUUGUGUAGCUAAUCUUUACAACUAUCUUCCAGUCUAUUUCUUGUUUGUUAACAGAGUCAAGAAAAAGUUCUUAAAAAAUACAAUCACACAGGUUUAUAUUUUACUUCAAGACAUCUCGGUUAUCUGUUUUGCCUUAUAGUUCAAACCAUACUGCUUUGAUUAACGGAGCCUUUUUAGUAAAUUUUGAUCUGAAAAGGCAGAUAUUCCUUAUUUUUCUAGAAUGUCUUGGUGCCACACAGUUUUCAUACUCGUUUCUUUGUGACAUAUUUUAAGCCAUCAUUAAACGAUUAGUCAGCUGUAAUGAACUUUAAGAAGUAUUCAUUUAUAUUUUUACUUUUGUCAACUUUCUGGAGGCUGGUGUUACAUCGAGAAAUAAGGCCACACCUGCCCACAAGUUGUCCCAACCCUGAUCAAUGCCUCACUGGAGAACGAACCGAGUAUGGAUACAACGCACAAAGACAAAAUUCUGUUCGGCCUCCGUAGGAAGCUGAAAUUGAGAACAGAGACAGUACAAGAAGGGCAAUUAAGAUACCUUUAAAAACAAGACGGCCGGUGGGGACAGCAGAGUAGAAGUUAGAAAAUUGGAGGUGGCAACGUAGGUGCCCCAGCUCUAACCUAUGGGAGUCACCAGAGCAGAGGCGGAGUCCCAUGCCGGCCACACCUUCUCCGCCUCCGCAGUCCUUUUACUGGAAAACCGCAGUAAAAGGCGGAAACGCGCGGAGGCGUCUUGAUCUUCCGGUCCGAGAGCUCGCUUCCUUCAAGCCUUGGGGUGGGGGAGACGGGGGGGUUGGAGGGGGUCUGCCUUGCCCCAACCGCCGCGCCUGACGGUCGUCCAUUGGUUGUUUGCAUUCGAACUACAUUUCCCAGGAGGCCCUGGGGUUAGACUGGCCGUAGCUGGAGAAGUGCCAGCCCGUCAUGGAUGACUGGAGCCAGCCUCUUGCCUUCCGUCUUCCAGGCAGAGCCACAGAGAGACAGGCUGCAGCCGUCCUGGCCUCCCUCCGGCCCUGAGAGCGCUCCGGGCCCGUCUCAAGCGUUACCGUCUCAAGCGCAGAUUGCCGGCUCUGAACGGGGAGACCAGGCUUCUGCACCGGAAACAAGGCACCGGUUGUGACGUGACGGCUGCAGAGCGCCCGACCUCCCAGAAGGCACCGCGUCCCUGCAAUUCUCCUCAACUGGUCAGGGCGCGAACGAAUAGUCGCCGGUGACCUGUGAGGGCACUCGGAAGGGCGAGGGGAGGGCUCGGCCGCUCGCGCCUAGUUUUUCUAUCUCUCCCGGAGCCUGAGUCUCUGAGCCGUCCCCAGCAAACGCUCAGGGGCUGCAGAGGCCCCGAGAGGUGAGGGGCUCCGUGAGGGCGGGAACCAGGCUGAGGCCGCCUCUGGGGAACGGAGCGUGUCCGUUGCUGAGGGAGAAAGGCCGGGUAGGGAGCCUGGUGAGCGCCUCAGGCAGGGGCGCACGCUGAGCUUUACGGUAAAGGUGUUCCUUGACCAGCGGAAGAGGCCCCAGAGUGAGCCUGGCCCGGCGGGCCUUAGUGGGAUGUCGCCUGCCGCUCUCAGCAGAGCUUUGACGGCGGAGAGGAGUCGGCAGGCGGUGUGUGGACCCCUCCUCGGCCUUGCGUCUGCUCCCCGGGAGAGUCACCAACCGCCUCCCCGCCCAAAGGGCACCGGAGGGAGCUUCGGUUCGAGGGGUACAGUAUGGCCAGUUUCAGUGACCAACCUGCUUCUAGGCGGAUGUCCUCGGUAUUGACCCCAGAUUUCCUGUCUUCUAGCCCAUUGCUCUUUCUCCAGACCUGAUUCAACCUCUUCCUGCUUGGCUCUCUGGCAUAUUUCCUCUAGUAAGAGGUGGCUCUGGAGGCCCCGCGAAACGAGUGUGGUGUGUGGUUGCAAGGCAUGAUGGCUGCAAAAGUGGUUCCUAUGCCCCCAAAGCCAAAGCGGUCCUUUAUACUGAGAGUUCCACCAGACUCCAAGCUGGGCCAAGACCUACUUCGAGAUGCCACUAAUGGGCCCAAGACCAUCCACCAGCUAGUGCUGGAGCACUUCCUCACCUUCUUGCCCAAGCCAAGCCUGGUCCAGCCCAGUCAGAAAGUCAAGGAGACCUUGGUUAUUAUGAAAGAUGUGAGCUCAAGCCUUCAGAACAGAGUGCAUCCUCGUCCCUUGGUGAAGCUUCUGCCCAAAGGAGUCCAACAGGAACAAGAGACAGUGUCUCUGUAUUUGAAAGCUAACCCUGAGGAACUGGUGGUCUUUGAGGAUUUGAAUGUAUUUCACUGCCAGGAAGAAUGUGUGAGCUUGGAUCCUACUCUCACCUCAGAGAAGGAAGAUGACAGCAGUGUCGGGGAGAUGAUGUUACUGGUCAAUGGCAGUAAUCCUGAAGGUGAAGAUCCUGAGAGGGAACUUGUAGAAAAUGAAGAUUAUAGAGAAAAGUCUUCAGAUGAUGAUGAAAUGGAUUCUUCCUUGGUCUCUCAGCAGCCUCCAGAUAACCAGGAAAAGGAAAGACUAAAUACAUCCAUUCCACAGAAAAGGAAAAUGAGAAAUCUGUUAGUUACCCUUGAGAAUGAUGCUCCUCUAGAGGAACUCUCAAAAUAUGUAGACAUCAGUAUUAUUGCACUUACUCGAAAUCGGAAGACAAGGAGAUGGUACACUUGUCCACUGUGUGGGAAACAGUUUAAUGAAAGUUCUUACCUUAUUUCCCACCAGAGGACUCACACUGGAGAAAAACCCUAUGACUGUAGUCACUGUGGGAAAAGCUUCAAUCAUAAAACAAACCUCAAUAAACAUGAGCGAAUUCAUACAGGAGAGAAACCUUAUUCCUGUUCUCAGUGUGGAAAAAACUUUCGUCAGAAUUCUCAUCGGAGUCGUCAUGAAGGAAUCCAUAUAAGGGAGAAGAUAUUUAAGUGUCCAGAAUGUGGGAAAACCUUCCCAAAGAAUGAGGAAUUUGUGCUUCAUCUGCAGAGUCAUGAGGCUGAGAGACCAUAUGGUUGCAAAAAAUGUGGGAGAAGAUUUGGUCGGCUGUCAAACUGUACCCGGCAUGAGAAAACCCACUCAGCCUGUAAGACUCGGAAGCAGAAGUAAUACCAGGAAAGGGGUCUGAUGGUGCUGCCUCAACCUGAGAGCUUUCAUAAGUAGUUCUGAAUUCCCAGGCUGCCCCAAAAGAUAUAAAUAUGUAAAAAUCUCAUUAUUGCCAAAAUUGGAUAAAUGCCCAUCUUGGCUAAAACCUCAAAUUGCUAGAAAAUUCACAGGGAAGAAAACAUUUCAAGGGCUAUACCUCAGCAUCUAGGCUUUCUGGACUAAGGACCUUUCCUUUUUGAAGUCAUAUGAUAAUGUACAGGUCACAGAUCCCUUUCCCAAGACUUUGAAGAUGAAUCUGGAGUCUGCUUACUUGCAAGGCAAAGAGUGACUUGUGUCUAUUGGAAGUAUAUCCAUUUUUCCCCAUAUGGGGAUUCAUACUUGAGAAAUAGUGCAAAGAUGCUUAUCUAGAACUGUGUUCUCGUGAAAGAACCAAACUACUGGCUUGUUGAGCCAACAGCUUCUGAUAGCAAUUCAUAUAACCCUCUAAGAACACCUGUUUUAAGUCUUGAGUGUUGAAAGGAAUUGUUUACUUUGGAAUAUAGGAAAACAACAAUUGAAUGUCAGACUCUCAUUUGUAUGUGAUCUAAAUUUGCAAUCAAUUUCAAUAAUAUUUGCAAUUUGUGAUAAAAUUGACUUUUACAGAUUCCUUUUCACAACAUAAUUUAAGUGUCUACUGUUCUUACUGUAUUUUGUUCAGCCAUUGAUCUCUCCAACAGGCGUCUCAUGCUUCUCCCUUGCUAAAAGAAGUUUGGAUUACUCAGGCAGGGCCAUCCAGCCCCACCACUAGAAAAGCUUUUCAGAAUCUUGUCCCUCUGUUGAGCCCAGAUCUCAUGUGCUAGGAAGGAAACCCCAAGACCCAGGGAGGAGGGGUUGACCUGGAGGCAGGAAAAAGUUGGCUUGGAUCUAUGUCUCAUCAAUAACCUUACCACAUGCUUAGGUCCCCUCUAUGCCGUCAUCAGACCUUUGGCAAUGGGGUGUUCACUACCUCACAAGGCAAAGUGUUGUAUAUUUAGAAAUUACGUCUGUAGUGGUUAGCUCACAUUGCCCCUCAAGAGACAGGUUUCCAGGUGUCUUCACUGUAGUGGGUAUUCAUUGUCUUCAGCCUCUUGAUAUCCAGACCUUCCUGUCCUCUGCCUAGAAGCAUGGCCAGCGGUGCCUUUACAGGACCAAUCCUGUGGUGCGAUUUAGGGAUUCUUGAUCAGUUUUGCUUGCUUUAGGUUUCUGGAGGUUAUACAUUGGUGUUUUGAUUGGAAGAAAGAAAUCCUAUAAAUAAUUUGGGAAAAAUUAUAGUGUAUGUUUCCCAUCCAGAAACAUGCCUUUGUAUUUAUUAGAGUAUUAUAUUCCUGUGAAAAUUUUUCUAAUUUUCUUCACGUUUUACACAAUUUUGUUAUUGUAGUUUUUUCCAUUAUAUUUUUAUAGUUGAUUAUUGCUUUUACAUGGGAAACAUUUUUUAUUAUAUAUUUGUGUAAUUAGUCACCUUACUGAAUGUUGUUAAUUUGUUGUUAAUUUUCAAUAGUUUCUUGGUUUAGUUCUGUUACAACUUUUGGUAAAAUGACACCAUCUACAAAGAAUAGUUUUGUUUCUUGC